AUUUGAAGGGACUUUCUCCUUCUCUCACACGUCAGACGCCACAUUUCGAAGUGUGAGUCUCCAGUCAGAACAAGAUGUGGAAAAAGAGUCUGCUUAUAUUCCUGUUCUCUCUUUCGGUCCAAGGGACUCAGGAUCCUGGGAAACAGCAAAAACCAAAGCACGAUGUCCCAUGUCCUCUCUGCCUGAAGCUCCUGCUUCCCGCCAUGCUGCUGGUGCUCCUAGCAGUGAUCCUGACCCUGGUGUUCUGGAUUCUAUGCAAGUACAAAGCACGGAAAGCUAUGAAAGAAAAUGCUCUGAGGGUCUGUGAAGACAAACCAAAGGAAGAUGUGAUCUACACAACUGUCAAGAAAAAGCAAGCAGAGGCAGGACCUGGGCCAGGCUCAGGACCGAAGCCGUGUGUACCUACAGCUGAAGAAGAGACUGGACCCGCCCAGGAGAUACACUACGCCACCCCCCUGUUCCCAGACGUGGCACCUGGAGGCCGUAAUGGUGAUCCUUGUACGACUGACCAUGUCUAUUCUGACCUCAUCUUGUAA